AUGUCAAAUGAGAAUUCUUAUAUUCAAGCAUCAUGUUGGAAUAUGAUUAAAGUAUUUUAAUUCAAAAAAGAGAUUAUGAAAUAAGUUAAUUUUAUUAAUGGACACAAUAACAGAAUUACCAUUUUAGAAUUUUAUAAGAAUUAAACAAUAUCCUCUGAUUGGGACGGAUCUAUAAAAUUUUGGUCAAUGAAUCGGAUUUAUUCUUAGAAGUUCAUUUGGAAAAUCUAAGCUCAUUAAUAAGUUAUCCUGGGCUUAACUAUAAAUAAUAAAUAAAAUUGUAUAAUUUCUUCUAGUGAAGAUAAGAAAAUUAAAUUUUGGAGAGAGAAAAAUGGAUGGCUAUGUACUUAAACAAUAACUGAUCAUGAUAGUAUUGUUUUUAGUUUAAGUUUAAAUGAAAAAGGCGAUAAACUAAUCUCUUGUAGUAAGGAUAAAUAAAUAUUUGUUAUGGUAUAACAAAAUAAUAAGGAUAUAAAAUAAUGGAAUAUAGUUCAAAAAAUCGAUGUCAAAAAAGAAGGAUAUAGGUUAUGUUUAAUUAGCGAUAAUUUAUUUACAUUUUAAUAAUGGGGUGAAAAUUUUAUGGAUAUUUAUGAAUUGGAUAUUACAAAUUAGUUUUUAAAAACUAAAAGCGUUGGUGUUAAAGGAGGAACAAGUUGCGAUUGUUUAUUUCCAUAAUAAUAUAGAAAAUCAAAAAACCUGCUCGUUAAUAAGAAUGGCUCAUGCAUAAACUUAAUUAGAAAGUAAGAAAAUAAUGAAUUCGUUACAGAGAUGUCUAUUGACUUGUUAGCCAAUGAAUGCAUUUAUGGUUAUAUGAGUUUAGACGGUAAUUACUUAAUUACAUGGGAUAAAAAGUCAUCAUUCAUUUAAAUACGUAAAUACAUGAAUAUCUAAUGA